CCGGGCGGGGCGGGGGCGCGGGGAGCGGCGGCCGGCGGGGCAUGGCGUCCAUGGCGGCGGCGAUCGCGGCCUCGCGCUCGGUCGUCAUGAGCGGGAACCGGCCCCUGGACGAGCGGGAGCGGAAGCGCUUCUCCUACUUCGCGUCGCUGAGCCCCAUGGCGCGGAAGAUCAUGCAGGACAAGGAGCGGAUCCGCGAGAAGUACGGGCCCGAGUGGGCGCGCCUGCCGCCCGCGCAGCAGGACGCGAUCAUCGACCGCUGCCUGGUGGGUCCGAGCGCCCCCGCGCCCCGCGCGCCCGGGGACCCCGAGGAGCCGGCGCGCUUCCCCGGCCUGCGCGGACCCACGGGCCAGAAGCUGGUGCGCUUCGGGGACGAGGACAUAACUUGGCAGGACGAGCACUCGGCCCCUUUCUCCUGGGAGACGAGGAGCCAGAUGGAGUUCAGCGUCUCCUCCUUAUCCAUCCAGGAGCCCAGCGGCGGCCCCCCCAGCGAGCCCCGCCCGCCGUCCAAAGCCUGCCAGGCCCCCCAGGCCCUCCGGCCGGCCCAGGGCGGCAAGUCCUCCAGCCUGGAUGCCCUGGGCCCCGCCCGGAAGGACGAGGAGGCCGCCUUCUGGAAGAUCAACGCCGAGCGCUCCCGCGGGGAGGGGCCCCAGGCCGAGUUCCCCUCGCUGACCCCCAGCCAGAUCAAGUCCAUGGAGAAGGGGGAGAAGGUGCUGCCCGCCAGCUACCGGCCGGACCCCGCCCCGAGGGACAGGGAGGCCAAGGCGGAGCGGCCCGUCCCCCCGCGCGCGGAGCCGCUGGCCCUCCCCGGCGCCGGCGUCCAGCCCGAGGGACCCCCGCCCGUCGGGGCGUCGCAGGAGGGCGCCCCCUCGCAGCCCGUGGGCCAGCCGCUCUCCCCCGGGGCCGGCCCCAGCGAUGGGGAGAUGGCGGAUGAGCUGUUCUCCGAACCCAGCGCCACACAGGUCAGCGCAAGCAGUGUCAUCCUGAAGACGGGGUUUGAUUUCCUGGACAACUGGUAAAAUGAGUCAGACACACGCGCACAGACCCCACAGAGAAACCAAGAACCCCCGACGAUUCCCGCCGAGGUGCGGCCGGGCCGGCGGGCGCGGGCGGAAAGGGCAGCCUCUCCCUGGGGCCUUUCCCGGUCUCUGUACGCGGUUAUUUUUUUUGAAUCUUUUGGAAACUGUAAGAAUCGCCGUGUCCAGAUUUCCAGAGCUCCCCCCUCUUUUGCUAAGACCCGAUGUAUCGGCCGUUUUCCACGAUUUGAUAACCGAAGUUUUUGCAUUUGGAAUUUUUAAAGACCGGUAGGCAUUCCUGCUGUGCACUGGUUCCCCCUCCUCUGGCAAAGGGCUCUCUCUCCACCAGUCACACAAGUGACAAGCGUGGCCUCCAUCUCCUUCUCCUUCGUCCCCCAUUCCCCCCUUUUUUCUCUGUGGGGGUUUCCUUGGACGGUUUACCUUGGAUGGGUGGUCGCCGGUGAUGCCCUCAGCAGUGUGGCAGCAGCGCGCCGGCUGCCGUGGUGGGCCGAUUUGUUCCCCACGUGCCCCCCUCCCACCCUCACCCCCAAUCCCAGCCGCCCAGGGCUCCCCUGGCCGACCCCACCCUUCGCCCCUGCGUCAUGUCCAGGAAACAGACGUGAGGCCUGGCCGGGGGCGUCUUUGGGCCCAUGCCUGGUACCCGGGCAUCCUUGCGUCCGUCCGCGUUGCAUGUCUAAACGUUUUGUGUUAACGUCUCAUUAUUUCCUGUCGAGAUCUAGCGGCGGUGGGGCUACCCCUCUGCUUGCGUUUGUACCGUUUUCCUCCUGGAAGUUCUUCGCUGCUGAUGUGGCCCAUGGGUGUCCCCACCUGCCCCCCCUCUCCACGCCGAGGGCGGGUGGCGGGGUCACCCGAGGACAGGGCUCUUCUGAUUGGUUGCGAGACCUUCCAGCCCGACCCUGGCUGGGGCAGGUCCCGCCGGCCACCACGGACCCUCCCGAGGCCCGCCCGCCCGCAGAAGCUCAAGAGUCCAGUUUCUGCGGGGACCUGGAGACCUCUGUCGUCAUAGCAACGGCGUCUCCCAGAGAGGGACAGAGGGACCGCGCGGCCCACUGCUGCUCCAGUGAGCGUGGCUCCCAGGCUGCCCAGGGGAGCAGGGCGGCCCCUGCACCCACCGGGGUGGGAGGAGUGGACCCGCCACCCUUCCUCUUCGCCCACCGGAGUCGGCCCGGCCCCCCGGAGCUGCGCGAACCCGCGGGACGCGCCCCAGCGUGAUGGACACGGCACCUCUCACUGUGUUCUGCUCACCGACGCCUUAAUCCCCGCCCCUCCUGCCAGCCAGCACCUGGUCCAAGCCUCUGGGUUUUUUAAAAAAAGAAAAACGCCUCUUUGUUUCACGGGACAGAUCGGAAACGACUUCCAGAUAUUCUCUCUGGCUCCGAGGGGAGGCACGCGGCCGCGCUCUCUUGUUGUUUUUUUCCAGGGAGGUUUCUGCCAAAGCCGCGGCCGAGCCAGUGUUGUUGGGGUUUCGUUCCCGCCAGUUGCUUCGUGUCCCCAAACCUCAUCUGGCCCCCUGGGCCCUGGGUUCGACCUGCCUCCGUUUGCUGACUGUCUCGUUUUUUAAGAAUAGAUUUGUAUUCAUUUCAGGGAGAGGGAGGGAGAGGGAGGGAGGGAGACCCAUGCAUCGGCUGCCUCCUGCACGCCCCACACUGGGCAUCCAGCCCACCCCCUGGGCCAACAUCGAACCCUGACCUCCUGGUUCACAGGUCCGACGGCCAACCACUGAGCCACCCCGGCCGGGCUGCUGACCGUCUUUAUUGUGGCAAAUACAGGUUCUUUCUGUGCCGUUUAAAUGUAGUUGAAUAGACAAGGGCAGAGACGUCUCCAGCAAGGUGGGAGGGACAGAGCCUGGAGUCCCAGCAGGGGCCAGCCCCCCCAUCCCUCCCGGCCAGCGGCGGGGCCCCAGCCCAGAAAGCGGGGUCCCUGCCCAGAAAGCGGGGUCCCUUAAGAACCGGGGGCCGUGCAGGCGUUGAGUUUGUGUUCCUCGGUGUUGGUGGCAGGAUAGGAAGAUCCGUGUCCCGGGACCAUGCCCACGAGGUGACCUGUCUGUCCCGGGAGACGAUGCAUCUCUCUCCCACUUUCUCCUGGAGCCACGGAGCCCCUUCACGGUCCCCCGGGAAACC